GACGGCAUGUAAAUGCAGCACCAACUCUAAGCAACGACAAGGAAGUGGAUGACCAGAGUUGACAGUUUCCGCAUCAAACUCCUCCAAACAGCGACUCUACCAUGGCAACAGCGCGAAUUUGUGUCCUGUGUGUUGUCCUCUCUACGACUGUAGCGGAAGACGUUAAAUUAAAAUACAAGCCGUCCACCAAACCUGUCCGACUGUUCACUGAGGAGGAACUGACGAGAUACGACGGCAGCGAGGACGGUCAGCCUAUCUACAUGGCAAUAAAAGGAGUUGUGUUUGAUGUCACCAAGGGAAAAGAAUUUUAUGGAAAAGAUGCACCGUACAACGCCUUGGUCGGUAAGGACUCCACCCGGGCUGUGGCUAAGAUGUCCCUGGACCCAGCAGACCUGACAUCAGACACUACGGGCCUCACGGACGAGCAGCUGGAGUCUCUGGAUAGUAUAUUUGAAGGCACGUACAAAGCAAAGUAUCCGAUUGUGGGUUACACAGCGUCACGCGUCCUCGCCAACGAUGGACGUCACAACGAAGCCUUCAAACCAGAGGACCAGCCUCAUUUCCAAAUCAAAGAUGAGAUUUGAUCUCAUUUGACCUUUUUGUAAAAUAUAGUCUUGUUAUGAAGGAGUGUUCUUUACUUGAUCAGAAUCAUAUGCGUAAUAUGAGCCUAAUAUGCCAGGUGCAAUACAUGUAAAAGAGAAGA